AUGACUUCCGGUCUCGUCGUCUCCCAGCGCAAGCGCGCCUUAUCACAGCGCUUGCACCUCCCGAACAUCUCGACUGUCUUCCCAGACAUCUCUUCAAUGAUUGACGGGUUGGCAAACAGUCUCUCGGCGACCACCAUCCCGCUCUCGGAUCCCGAUGCCGGCGAGGUCAGCUGCUGGCUUCUGGACACCCGGUCACUAUGGCCUGGUCAGAACAUAUGGAGUGCCUCCGGUGCUGCCGAGGCCAUGAGCCUCAUCUCCUUGGCAGAGCAGAAGACCAUCUCGACCAAGAUGUUCAUACAAGACGCGAAGAUGAGCUUGGGCAGUGCUUUGCUGAAGCGGCUGUUCAUUUCCAAAACUUUGGACAUCCCAUGGAAAGACGUAGGGCUGGCAAGGAAAGGAGACCAGAAACAUGGGAAGCCAUGUGCUGUCGAUGUGGUUGGCCGGCCGAUCGAGGGCAUUGACUUCAACGUCUCCCACCAGGCAGGGCUCGUUGCACUCAUUGGAUGGAAUGGCAAGAAGCGGCAUAAGUACAACCCGAAUGGCAGCAUCGAAGGCUACAUCAGCCCUAGUGCCAACUACGAGCCCGAUGUCAUGGUCGGCGUCGAUAUCGUAUGCGUGAAUGAACGCGACGACUACCGAACGAUCGACGCUGAAGGUCUAGAUGGUUGGGUCGACAUCUAUGAUUUCGUGUUCAGCGAUGAGGAACGAUGGAGCAUGAAGUACGACGUGGACUACAUCACACUACUGGACGGAACAAUUCUGAGCCGCGACGAACUUGGAAGACACGACCGGUGUAUUACGCGCAACAAGCCAAUUGCCCUGACAACUCCCUCUGGCAAGGAGGUCAUGUUCAACUCUGAUGUCCUGGUCGAUGCCAAGCUUCGCAGGUUCUACACAUACUUCUGCUACAAGGAGGCAUACAUCAAGCUGGCCGGUGAAGCUCUGCUAGCACCCUGGCUCAAGCAACUCGAAUUCUUCAACGUAAGAAGUCCGAAGCCUGGCACUGCCGCGCGCUGCAGCACACACGGUCAGUGGGGCGAAGAAGUGGACGACGUGGAAGUGCACAUGAACGGCACAGAGGUAGAUGACGUUCGGAUGAAGAUCCAGUCUUACGAGGAGGACUUUAUGAUUUCGACAGCGAUCCAAGGCGAGAUUAAGAACCUGAAGGUGCCUGCGUUCCAGAAGCUGGACCUUCGAAGCGACGUUCUGGCAUAUGCUCACAAGCAUCUGACCACCUCACCGUCGGAUUACAGGUGA